AUGGCCACCACGCCAUCCGACGAGCUCUCCUUCGCCGCCGCCGCCGAAAAGGGCAGCAGCGCGGCGACCACCACGGCCCGCGCCUCGCCGCCGCCGCCGUCGCCGCGCACCGUGCUGCUCCGCCGCGUCUCGGCCAUGAUGCGCGUCCUCGCCGUGCCUGCGCCGCUGCCGGUGCUCUUCUACGACGCGCUGUGGCUCGCCGACACGUGCAACGCCCUCGCCGCCCUGCUCUGGAACAUAGCCGUCGCCAUGUCCGUCAUCCGCACCCUCCGCGGCCGCCGCGCAAUCCCCUACACGCUCCACGUCGGCCUCGCCGCUCUCAUCGCCCUCAGCGCAACCGCCUGCUUCGCCAUUCUCGUCUUCCGGCUUGUUUAUCACCGCCUCAUGUCGCGCGGGUCUGCCGCCACUCUGGUGUGCUUUAUGGCCACCGCCGUGUAA